GGCUAUGAUUAUUUGCUUGAAUGCUUAUCUGUACUAGCUUAGAUAUAGCACUAUCAAGAGUAGAGAUAUGGAGACAUUGAAGUCAAACACAGCUCCUUCUGCUGCAAUGGCCACCAUAGGAUUCUCUGAGAUAGUCUUAAUGCUUCUCUUGUUCAUCUUUCUAUGGCGCUUGAUGAGAGAGAAUUGGCACAAAAGCUCAUUACCCACAAAUUGGCCUUUCGUUGGUAUGUUGCCCGGGCUACUUCGUAACGCUCAUCGUCUCCAUGAGUUUGCAACCGAUGUUAUUAGAGAAAGUGGAGGCACUUUUGAACUUAAAGGCCCAUGUUUUGCCGAUAUGGACAUGGUGGUCACUGCUGACCCUGCCAAUAUCCACCAUAUCUUAAGCAGAAACUUUUCAAACUACCCAAAGGGCCCUGAAUUCAGAAAGAUAUUUGAUAUUCUGGGAGAUGGGAUUUUCAAUGCCGACUCGGAAUUGUGGGAAAUUCAUCGGAAAACCACCAUGUCACUGAUCAACCACACCAAGUUUCAAAAUCUGCUAGAGAAAUCUGUCUGGCACAAGGUGGAAAAAGGGCUAAUCACAGUCCUGGAACUAGUCUCAAAGCUUGAUGUAGAGGUGGAUUUGCAGGAUCUAUUUCAGAGGUUCACUUUUGAUAGUGUUUGUACACUGGUCUUGGACUACGACCCCUGCAGUCUCUCCACUGAUUUGCCAUACAUACCUUGCGAAAAGGCAUUCAACGCGACUGAGGAGGCACUGUUGCACAGGCACAUAUUGCCAGAAAGUCUUUGGAAGUUGCAAAACUGGCUUCAAAUUGGUAAAGAGAAAUACCUGAGUAAGGCCUCUAAAACUUUUGAUCAGUUUAUAUUCAACUGUAUAUCUAUGAAGCGCGAAAAGUUGAGUAAAACAGAAGAGUCAAAAGGCCAAGAGGAGGAAUUUGACAUGUUGACAGCUUUCAUGAAAGCCUACGACAAAGAAAAUAGUGGUAUAUCUGGGGAUACUGGUAAGUUUCUGAGAGACACCAUAUUAAAUUUGAUGAUUGCUGGGAGAGACACCACAAGUACAGCCCUCACUUGGUUUUUCUGGCUCCUUGGAAAAAACCCUUUUGUAGAAAUCAAGAUCCUGAAAGAGAUUGAAACAAAAUUGCAAGUGAAACCAGGCCAGAAAUGGAGGUUUUUCAAUGUGGAAGAAUCGCGAAAACUUGUAUACCUGCAUGGAGCUUUGUGUGAAUCUUUACGGCUAUUCCCACCAGUUGCAUUGGAGCACAAGGCGCCGGCUCAACCAGACAUCCUUCCAAGUGGCCAUCGGAUUGAUCAGAAUCAAAAGAUAGUGCUAUCUUUCUAUUCCAUGGGAAGAAUGGAGACAAUAUGGGGCAAAAAUUGCUUGGAAUUCAUCCCCGAGAGAUGGAUUUCCGAGCGAGGAGGAAUCAAACAUGAACCAUCUUUCAAGUUCCCGCGUUUAAUGCAGGACCUAGGACUUGUUUAGGUAAGGAGAUGGCUUUCAUUCAAAUGAAAAUGGUUGCCACCACCAUUAUACAUAAUUACCAAGUUGAAGUGGCAGAAAAUCAUCCUAUUUCCCCCAGUGAUUCCAUCAUACUUCAAAUGAAGAAUGGUUUGAAGGCCAAAAUCGCCAAAAGAAGCGGGUAAGUAGUGAAAGGAUCAAACAUGCGUAGUGAAUAAGAACUCAAUGGGGAGGUGAUGAUACAUUCUAAUGUAUUAUCGGUAUGGUAUUGGGCCAAAUUGUACUAAAUUUAAAUAUGCCAGUAAAGUAAUGUUUUUUAAACCAUUUAUGUAUUUUUGUGUUAUAUGUGCAAAUAAAUGUAUUACAUA